AUGAAUUUCGAGCUUCCUGCGGACGUUCAAGCCUUCGUGGCGCGUGUGGACGGCUUUAUCAACAAGACUGUACUGCCUCUGCAGUACAAAGAUGACAACCAACGGUUCUUUGAUUACCGCCGUGAAGCAUCGCGCACGCAAUGGGACAAUCACGGCCUGCCGACCGAGGACUGGGAAAACCUGCUCAGGAAGACCAAGAGCCUUGCCAGGGAGGCUGGCCUCUACCAGUUCGCAGCGCCAGCAGAGUACGGCGGCUCGGGGUGCAAGACGCUGAACCUGCAUAUGUGCGCCGUCCGAUACCACCUCACCUCCCAUCCAGUCUAUGGAGGGGGUGUCAGCCUGGCCAACGACCUGCAAAGCGAACACAGUGUUGUGGGAAACAUGCCCUUUCUGAUCAUGAUAUCCCACUAUGGCACCCAGGAGCAGAAGGACCGGCUUAUUCCUGCGGUCCUCCGCGGUGAUAUCAGCGCCACCUUUGGCCUGACUGAGAUUCAUCACGGCUCUGAUGCAACUCACAUGGACACAGUCGCUCAGCAGAUCACCCUUUCUAACGGCGAGCCUGGAUAUGAGAUAGAUGGAAAUAAGAAGUGGCAGACAGGCAUACACCAUGCAGAUGUCCUUACCAUCUUUGCACGAACAUCAGGCAAGGCAGGAGAUGCUAAAGGGAUCACCGCCUUCCUCGUCCCUCGUCACACGCCUGGAGUCGAGGUGGUGUCGUAUGAGUGGACAAUGAACAUGCCUACCGACCACGGCACCAUUCUCCUCAAUAAGGUGUGCGUACCUGCUACAGCCAUCCUAGGUCCCUUGGAUCACGGCCUGGGGAUCGCGCAGUCAUUCACCCAUGAGAACCGGAUUCGCCAGGCCGCCUCGAGCUGCGGUGCGGCAAAGUACUGUAUCGACCGGAGCAUCGAGCAUGCCAACCAGCGUAUGGUAUUUGGAAAGGCCCUGUCUAAGAACCAAGCUAUCCAGUGGCCUGUAGUAGAGCUUGCGACUCAGGUCGAAAUGCUGAGGCUCUUGAUCCUCCGAACGGCGGUAGAAAUGGAUCAGCUCGAUGCCGAGUGCAAAGCUGCCGGAACAGCGCCCUGGAUCGCCAUUGAGAAGCGACUUGGGCACAAGAUUGGGAUGUGCAACUACUACGCAGCCCGUCUGGCCUGUCAAGCGGCCGACCGUGCGAUACAGAUCCACGGCGGCGACGGAUACUCCAGGCAUCAUCCCUUUGAGCACAUGUGGCGUCACUUUAGACGGUACAGGAUCACGGAAGGGAGCGAAGAGGUGCAGAUCCGCAAGGUGGGCGCUUAUCUGUUUGGUUACAAGACGACUGGCGAGCAGCCAACGAGUGCAGCAAAAGGGAGCGAGGCCAAGCUAUGA